GUGAUUUUGCAGGUGCGUUGCUCGCUCGCGAUGCCAAAAGAACGAGGAGGAAAAGGUGCUGCGCAGCAAAUUCGGGGAAGAAAGUGCUCACGAAAUGAACGAUGGGGGAGACCUGAAUAGAAACGAGGAAGCGGGGGGAACUUUGGAAGAACAUCUACGACACAGACACACACACACACACCUCUCUCCCCCCCCUUUUCUGGGAUGGAGACGAGGAGCAUCGCGGGGCGGUGGCAACAGCCGCGUCAGGAGAUGCCCGAGGGUGAAGAUUGAGAAAUUGUGACGCUGUCAGAGGCUGUGUUGUGCCACCUUCCAUCAGUGAUGGCUGCUUCUGUGGAGCUGUUCUUCACCUGGAGCCUGCUCUUGCCAGCCUUGCAUCUGGCCUUCCAACUCCCUACCCCAGAUAGCCUCGCCGGGGACCCUCCUUUGAGUUCAGCACCAGGACUCCUUCCUCUGAAUGCACCCUCCCAGGAGUCUCCUCCAAGCAUGCCACCAGCACAGCUCCCUUCAGAUCCUGCACCCCUUGAGGUCUCAAGCAUUUAUGAGGAUCCCAGUAAUGAAAAUUGGAGAGAGGACAGUCCUGUUGGCACUGCUGUAACUGUGAGGCCCUUUGGCUCGACCAGUUCUGGCUCAGGGAUAGUUACUUCUGAAGGAGAUUUCUCUCCUCCCCUUGCUGCACAGGGUCCGACUGUGGCAAAUGACUUUACUCUGCCAACAGUGGGAUCCUCCAGUGUUCAAACAGCAUCCGAAGAUGUUGGCCCCAUAACUUUGGGACUAAGUCCAGAGCAGGCAGAGGAUAGGCCCUCCCUGACUCUGCCGGAUUCGGAGACUGCAAGCAUAGACCCCUCUUUGAUGGCCUCUUUCCCUGCCAUGUCCACAGCAGAAGCCUCAGACAUUCCUGCCUCCCGGGAGGGGACUGGGCCUAGUCACCAGGAAACUGAAAUCCAAAAUGUCUCCCUGGCAACCACAGUAGGGCCCCUGCCCACGGUGUCUACCAUCCCCUUGUUGACAUUGCCCACUGACAGGUCCCAUGUCACAUCGCUAGCCAUGGAGGAUCCCACGCUUAAGGGGGACGAUUCCUUGGGCUGGCUGGGAAGUGGGGCACCUGAGCAGGAGCUGCUAGGCAGAAAUCAGACCACCGUCAAAUAUUUGGCUUCAUACAGGAGCACGCAAGUGUACGGUAGCCCUCAGGGCCAGGAAGAGCUCUCAACGUCUCCUUUUAAACCUGCUCAGACAGCUGAGAAUACCCAGAAUCCCCCUGGGCCAUGGAGGGACUCCAUGCCUGUGGCUUCCACCUCCCAGGCAACACCGUUUCCUGUGACAACUCUCCCACUGGAUGGGAAAAAUCAGAGGCUUGUCCCUCUUCCAGCAAGUUCCCAGUCACCAACUUCUAAGGGUUUCUUCCCAAGCCCUUCCACCUCUUCACCAGCAAGGGGCAUGACAGGAAUCCCCGAGGUGCCAGUUGCCCGUGAAAGAAGCACCUAUUGGAGUCUGGGCGGGGAUCAAACACAGCACUCUGGAACCGAAAGGACUCACUUCCAUGGAUCUGUCAGCCCAGGAGUUGAGGAAGCAGUUGACAUGGUAGAACCCCAACGAGUCCGGGGAGCUGUGAACUCCAAGGCUACUUAUUUUGGCUCCUCUACCCCUGGACAGAGCACCUUCAUGGUGAGGAAUGGCUCAGGAACCAAGCAUCCAGAUACAGCUGGGACCCAUCCUGCCAGCCAGAGGAGUACCCAAAGCAGCACUCUAGUCUCCACCACUUCCACCAGCCGCCUGCCUACCCCUCGCCGUGGCCUAAUCCGAGUCACCACGCAGCGGGUCCUGCAGCACCCCCAGCUGGACAGACCGCAACCCAGCCUGCCUGCCAUGUUGCCUGCUUCCAACCCACCCUGCUCACGCCCAGGCAGUGCCUGCAGCCAGUUUUUGCCCAACCAGACUCUUCUGCAGUGGGGGGACCUUGAGCGCACCCUGAGCUUUGCCUGGGCCUUGCAUGUCUAUGGCUCUGGCGUGCUGUUUCUUCUACUUAGUCUGCUCAGCUUGGCUUGCCUGGGGGGUUCCCUCGCUUUCCGGGUGCCGCAUCUCCCCUACGUCCUGGGCGCCAGUGCCCUGCUGCUGUUGUUUGGGAUACUGCGUGCCACAUUCUUCCUGGCUGAUCCCUAUGGCUCCCGGGAGUGGCUCCCCGCCCGGGCUGUGCGGGUGCUGUACACGGCCCCUUUUCCCUUGUUGCUGAGCACAUUUGGGGUGCUGCUGCUCCGCCUCUUCCGUCAAGCCCAUCUGCAGAUCUUGCCCCCCAAGUGGCAGAGCCUACCGGUGUUGGCAGUGCUGGGGUCUAUCCAGAGCGCAGUUCUUUUGGCAGCUGACCUAUUUUCUCCUCCACUUCACCCAGCCGUGCCAGUGGGGCUGCAUCUGCUUUCCUGCAUAGCUGGGGUCUGCCUUUUGCCAUCCACUGUAUAUGUUUACCAGCAGCUGCGGCAUAAUGUGGCCGUGGAGGGUACCCCAGAACCAGGUGUGUGGAGCGGGGUAUGGGUGCUGCUGGCUAGCAGCGGGUUGGCACUGCCGUGCUGUGGGCUACAGUUUUAUGGCGUGCUAUGGCUGGCCGGGCUAUUCGGCCAGGUGGACCUUUUUACCUGGGGCUGGUGGUUUGUGCAGUUCUGGUUCCGGAUUGGUGAGCUGGUGCUCUCGUUCGCCUUGGUCUUCCUAGCCUGGCAGGCCCUUUGCCAGCGCUAUGGGUCCACAGACCACUCCUGCUGGGCCAAGCUCAUGCGUUACUUCAGCACCUACCGCAAGGGCGAUGUGCCAGAGUAUCCCAACAACUGCUACGACUGGACUGGCGCCAUCCUUGAGAAAGUACCCAACAAUGACAUCAGUAAGAACCUGAUCCGAAACCCACCUGGCAGCGGGCGUGUCUGGGCACUCAAGGACAGCAACGAAUUGCGGGCGGCGGGGGGCCAAGGUUCUAGUCCCUCUCUGGUGCACCCCGUCUACAGCCCCAAGUGCCCCAACGCGGCAGCUGCUGCCAUGGGCCGCUCCUAUACCAGCAUCUGCUUUGAGAGGGAGUCCAUCCUUUCCCUGGCAGAGCUGGAAUUUCGGCCCCCCUCGCCCAUCAACCUCAGCCGCAGCAUUGACGAAGCCCUCUUCCGCGAGCAUUUGGUGCGGGACUCCAUUUUCCUGCGCUCCAGCCUCCAUUUCCCCUCCCGCUUGGCCCGCCAGGACUCUUGCUCUUCGCUCCGCGGGGACUGCUCCACGCUGUCCCACACGGCUCAGCCCCUCCUGACACGGCCACGCCGCAGCAGCGACCCCGACUGCCUGUACAGCUUAGCCCGGGCUAGCUCCAUGGGGGAGCUCACCACGCAGAGCCGGGGCCUGGCCAGCGAGCCCCCGACGGACACUUCCUUCGACAGCUUCUCCCACACGUCCUUCUCCCGGGCCUCCCUCAAGAUCAGCUGGAACCCCUGGCGCCACGGCCUUUCCUCGCCCGAAAGCCUGCCCCCCGAGGAGCUGCCGAGCCAGGCCCGGCUGCUGCCCGAGGAGCUCCCUCCGGCCCCGUCCAGCAGUGCCCCAAACUCUGAAGGCGAGGCCCGGAAGAGUUUCUUGGCCCUCAGCAAGCAGGUGGAUUCCCGCAGCCUCUCGAGUGACACCAUUGAACUGUGAGGGCUGAGCUGUGGCUUUGGCCUG